GCCCUAAGGGAUUGUUCUAAAGAAUCAUCGAAGGUGUGUGUUUGGGACCAAAGUUGUUUACAAAAUAUGCCGAAAUAACAGUGAAACGAGGAUCCUAAAUCUGAUGCAAUACAAGCUUAAGGAUGAGGCUCAGCUUGAUUUCCUUGCUGUUGAUUCUGGUGUGUCCACAAUCCACCAAAUCCGAGAGUUGUGAGGAACUUUUUAAAGCUCUUUCUGAUGGCGGAAGUAACCGAUGCGAUGCAAUUCUGACUGAAACGUCCAGGAUUAACUUGAAUCGAGCUGAAAUAAUCCAGUUUCGAGGAUGGGGGAAUCGGCUUAGGACUCGCUCUGGUUCGAGCUGCAGUUUGGUAUCUGUGAGGGUUUGUAAUAUGCAAAAAUGGAAGCGAUCUGCGGAGGAAUUUGGCAGCGUCUUUCCUGAUUUCCGACCACUUCAAAUGGAGAUCAGCAACAGAAUGGGGGAGAUGUCGGAUGGUGGUAUAGUGGUCACAAAGCUUCGCUGCCUUCGCCAUGUUUGUUAUGUGGUUAUUCGCCCCCAAGUGCAUAGUGCAAAUCCUGAAAAAGAGAACUUAUCAUCCCGGCGGGUGUCCAGAAGACUUCUUGGUAUUCAUUCCACCAAAGAUAGUCACCGUUCCCCAGGCGUCCAGAGUUCAAUGAUAAGUGGUCAAUUCCUGGCGGCAGUGACCAUCAUUGUUAGUGUUCUGGGAAUGGUUGUAGUUGUGGCUUUGUGUGGAUCUUGCAGCAAUGAUUUUGAUGACGGAUUAAGUGACAGAGAAGACAAGAAAGAUGUGAAUGUGAUAACAGUUUCUCAUGUUACAGUAGAGGAGACAUCUACACCACCAAGUGCACAUAGUCUAGAAAACGUGCAAACCCAAGUUACUCGGGAAAGCCUUGCAGGAUGCGCUCCUAAACAUGACGAGCGUACAUCUGGAACCGACUGCAUUGUCUCAGAACUGGGUAGAAAUACGCGAGAUUCCAAGAACCUCGAAAACGGCGGAACGCACCAUACAGCAUCCCCGCAAAGCCUGGAAAGUUCUGGAACCACGUCUGACCAGUUCCCAAGGUCAAGUGGAAGCCACCCGUCUAGAGCGUCUGUCCCACAUGGAUCAGGAUCGAUAGCGUCUGUCCCACAUGGAUCAGGAUCGAUAGCGUCUGUCCCACAUGGAUCAGGAUCGGUGGGGAGUAGAGAUAGUGCAAUAGACAUGCCACCAGGGUCCCUUACCUCAAAGGAAACUGUUGGCCGAGAUCGUCACCCUAGUCGAGAGUCUACUGAAAGCCUCGAUCAACAAACUCGGUACUCUAGCCAAUCACAUCAUUCUCUAGAACGACACGUGACUUCUAACAAUUUGCCUGCUAGGAACCGACCUUCAAGCCAAUCGGAGCAAAGACACGUAAAUUCACAGAGCUCGGCUAGAGAGAAAUCUCUGAGCCAAACAGAGUUCAAGUUUUCUGAAGAGAGUCAUGUUACUUCUAAAUCAUCUCACGGACAAACUGAGAGAGCACAUACUGAAGACAAAGCGACAGUUAGCUCUGAAAAGAGCUCUGGCGAAAAAGGAGAAGGCAACAAAAGACAGAGUAAAUCGAUUAUUUCAAAGUUACGACCUGGCAGCAUUCACGGCAAGGAAAAGAAAAAGACUGACACAGACUCUGAUAAAAAGUUCCGGCGGAAAUCAUCAAAACAGAAAAAAGAUGUUGUUCUUCAUGUGGACCAGGCGGAGAGACCACGUGUCGCCACGCCCCCUACACACCACAAAGACCAGCACCGAGGCUUACCCCUACCCCCUCCCCCUGCAUCCAAGCUCUCGACCAAUCAGGGUGUUCCAUCCAAUAGCGAAUUACCACAGGACGAUGAGUAUGAGAUUGUCGAUAAGCGACAAAGGUCGAUUGAAGGUACGGCUGACGAGCAGUACGCAUGCGUACACCGUAAGUAUGACGAAUUACGGGCUGGCGAAGGCAGGGAUCGCGAACCGUCUGAAGUAUAUGACGUCAUAGCGGAUGACAACGCCACUCAACGCGCCUCCGCCGCCAGCGAUCACUACGAUGUAGUCGAGUUUAAGCGUCCCGCACCUGCGAGGGACGGGUCGGAACCCGCGGGUUGUGAGUACGCAGUCGUGGACAUGCGCGAUAAAAAGAUCAGUCGAGUCAAACAGGAAAUGAAUCGCGCAUCGACCGGAAGUGAUUUGUACGAGAUAGUGACUGAUGACGUGAAGACGGUCGCGUUACAGACGGACCGGACGGACCAGGAUCAUGCAGAGUCCCGGGAAAGAGAUUACUCAAAGGCCGUCCCCAGCCCUCCCCCUGUCUCUAGUCUCAUUACAGUCGCAGACGUGCGGAGGAGGACUAAAAGCGAUGAGAUGGAGUUUGAGACCCCCCCGGAAAGCCCUCAGAGUCUGGACGACCAGGGGGGCGCAAAGAAGAAAGAGCAUACCUACGCAAAGGUUGAUAAGUCUAAGAAGACACGGCAUUCCAUGGAGGGUCACGUGACAAGAAGUGUCGAACACGUGACCACCCCUAGGGGGGAUCUCACGAGUGAAGAGUUAGCGCAGAGAAUGAUCUUUGAUGACGUCUCGGACACACCGCCCCCUGUACCCCACUCACUUUACGCGGAGAUAGAGAAAAAGCAAGCUGAAGAAGCUAAAAGGCUUGCGCAAAAGAUGUCAUCCGAGGCAGACUACGAAGAGAUAAGAAGACCAAACGACGAGCCAGGCAAGUCAGCUACAGAUGACUACGAUGAGGUGACAGUUGUGGAGAAAACAGCGCAGGAGGAUGUGAUUCGCAGAGUCAAUACUCACGUGACAGCACCAAGCGAUGAGUAUGACGAGAUUGACGGGUCUGCGAUGAACCGACAGGACGAUAAUCACGUGUAUGACAUUGUAGAAACCAGUAAUCGCUCAUCGCGCUGACGAGAGUGAAUAUCACGUGAUGAUCACGUGUAUCACAUUGUAGAAACCAGCAAUCGCUCAUCGCGCUGACGUGUAUGACAUUGUAGAAACCAGCAAUGGCUCAUCGCGGCGGAGUGCAAUGAUCACGUGAUGGUCACGUGUAUGACAUUGUAGAAACCAGUAAUCGGUUAUCGCGGUGGAGAUUGCGAUGAUCACGUGAUGGUCACGUUUAUGACAUUGUAGAAACCAGCAAUCGCUCAUCGCGCUAACGAGUGCGAAUAUCACGUGAUUGUCACGUGUAUGACAUUGUAGAAAAGUAGUGGGGUUUGGCUUUCGCACAUUUCUUCUAAAUCCUCCGUUUGAAGGGAUCUCGGUUUUGCUUCAUGCAUCUUUUGGGGACAUUUUGUAAGAACGUUCUAUCAAUACUUUGUAAACUUUAGCUUGAUUUUUUGCACUGAAAAUUUAGACAUCAAACACAGUUCCCACUCUGAAUUCCAAUGUAUACAGAAAUAUUUUAAUAAGAAAUAAUUUCAGGAAAAGCAGCAACACCAUUUCAUUCUUUAGCCUUACUCAGGUGAGGUAUUUCAGUAAACUUGAAUAGUUUAAAGCAUUCAUUUUACCCCGGAGUUGGCGUUCUUCGUUCUAGUUUAGACGCCGUUUCAUCUGCAACUACAAGCAAAUGAACGAAGUCGAUUUUUUUUAUCGUCAUUUACAUGCGUUUACACUUGGCACGGUACAUGAAGUCGGUCUCUAACUACGCCCUAGUGUUUAGACGUAUUUAGUGCAAAGCUCCUCAGCGUAAAACACAAGUGACUGCCUUUUAGUAGUCCUAAUGCCUACAUUUCAUUCCUAACCAUUAUACGUAACACUAAUAAAGGUGUUUUAACAAGCAAA